AUGUUCUUUUGGAGGUAAGCGUUAUCGCGGAUCUUGGGAAAGAGCUCCAGUCGACGUUCUAGACGUAUUUGACCUUGUAGAAAAUCAUGAAGAAUUUCUGGAACUAUUUUUACAAGUAAUGGAAGAGAUGACUACUAUUCGACAUCCUAACGUUGCCCAGGUGUAUGGUGUGGGUUUGGGCGGCGAGGUAUACGUCUACCAAUAGUCAGUGAACUCUUGUUUGUGACUCUGAAGGAUCGCAUCGGCAGUGAAAGCCCUAUGACACACUUGGAUCUUGUAGAUGCUCUUUACGGUGUAUUGAAUGGCUUAAGAUUUGUUCACGAGAGUACACCACCCGUUUUACAUGGAAUGCUGACUGCAGACAGUGUUUGGAUGUCACGUGAUCUGAGUCAGGUGAAAAUAACUCACAUACGCACGGCAAGAUUGCUAGUAGAAAAAGGUCGACCUUCUUGCCUUUAGUCUGCACGACACUACCUUGCUCCAGAGGUAGUAGAAAAUCGCUCAAGUUUGUCAACAUCUGCUGAUGUAUUUAGUUACGGAAAAUUAGUACUGGAAACUGUAAAAGGUGAAUCAGACCAUACGUUUUUCUCAGCGGCUGAAGAAAGUAUGUGCUCUCGUCGUGAACAAUCUCUUUUGUCUGUUGCAAGCGAAUGUCAACGUUCAGCAAGUGAAAGACCUACUGCCCAAGAAAUUAUGAACAUUUGUUUUCCAAGUGCUGUCACAAAUGAUAUACCUAGAGAAGACAUAAAUCAUUGCAUUUCUCUUGAUGAAGAGACUCUAGAGUCUACGGAGCCUCUAAACGGUUCAGAGCUGUUGCAAAUAGAAAGCGAGAGUCUGGAAGAAACACAAUUGUCUGAUGAAACAAUGCGUACUGACAUUGUCGCAUGUUCCUUACAAGAUGAGGGAAGUCUUGUAGUGCAAUCACUGCAAGACAUAAGCAGAUUUAGCAGACUGAGAGAAAUAUCCGAGAGAUACCUCCUGAACUCUAACGGAGGUUCUAGUUUACAUGAUAUUGGCUGUAUUCCAGAAUGGCACUAUAGACGUGACUUUCCUCAUCCUGGUGAAACAGUGAUGGCUGUGAUUGACGGGAAAUUCUUGACUGGCAACAGAGGUCGAAACGAAAUGUACAUAACAGACAGCGCUAGUGGAGAACUGCUUCAAACAGCUAUAUUUCCCGAUAGUAGUGCUACCUAUGAUGGAAUAUUUAUAUCUGAUGGCAAGAUAUUUUCGGUUUUCGUGGAUAAAGGUACAUGGCAGCUCAGCGUCCAUACCUACUCAUUAACUGACGACAAAUGGACUCUGGUAUUUAGGAGACCUCCUAAUAUUGAACUGGCUGCAAUUGCCUUAACGCUAGUAGGGGACAGAAUAUUUAUCGCAGGAGGCUACAACAGAAGGAUGGAGAAGUUAGCCAAUGUCUUCAUGUUCAGCACAACUACUAGAGAAUGGCUACUUUUGCCUAGCAUGCCUACCGCAAGGUGUAGCUGUUCUAACUUUAUAUACAACGGCAGUAUUUGCUACGCAGCUGGAGUAGAAAAUGAAGGAGUGAGAAGCAAAGCUGUGGAACUGAUGUCUUUAGAAGACUAUGAAUGGACGUCGUUGCCUUCAACUAUGGCAGCUGGAGGAGCCGUGAGGACAAUUCACGGCACUCUAGUCGCUACAGGAGGUGUGGAUGAUUCAGGAACGGUAUCACGACGAGUCGAGUUCUGGGGCUAUCAUCAAAAGUCAUGGAUGCCAUUACCAAAGCUUUCACAAGGGCGAUUCGGUCACGGAAUGGCAGUCGACGUCGAUGGAGAUUAUUCGCGCAUUAUUGUAACUGGUGGAUACGAUAAAAAUCGUCAUAUGACAAGCACAGUAGAAGUCAUUGAAUUUUAA